AUGAAACAUACACAGAGACAGAGACAAAGCCGAGUUGGAGUUCGAUAUCAAACAGAAGUACCAAAUGAAAUAUAUUUAAUUGCAAUGAUUUUGGACCCUCGAAUAAAAAGUUUUUCUUUUGUAAAUGAACCUGAUUGUAUGCAACAACAAAUACAAGCUGAGGUUCUUUUAAAAGUCUUAUAUACUCAACUUAAGCAAAAUAUUACAAAUUCUGAAAAUAAUAAAAUGUGUAUUGAAACUAGAAUGAGCUUGAAAAAUGAUAAUAAAGAUAUAUUCUCAAAAAUGUGA